AUGAUCACAACCAAUGAGACGGAGACACAGGGGGGCUUGGGGCGACAGCUACAUGAUGACGACACCAAACCGACAGUUCACUCGGGAAAGCUCAUUUAUGCAAAACCCCAAGACCUUCCGAGCUUCCCGUCUAUUGGCCUCUCAAAAAAAGGAUCCGCAGCCAGUGCAGCAGCAGCUUUAGGUUGGGUCUCCAAUACAUCACCUGAGCUGUGGAAGCCGGACAAAUCCGCUCCAGCUUCAGCUGCCGCCUUCAUGGCGAAAGAUUAUAAGCUGAGUCCCGCCUGGGAACCCGUUCCUAGCCAGCACAGCGCCAAAGCCGCUCUGUUCGCGUCACAAUCUGCCAUGAGCGUCACCAAGCCCGCGAAAUCCACAACUCCCGAUCCUGGCCAUUCUGCCGCAAAUCUGGCUUUCAAGUCGGAUCGGAGCGUACCCGGUUCUGUCCAUGGGAGCCCUCUGGAGCGCCACGGAUCGCUACUUGCUGCGAAAGGUGCCAUGGCAAACCGCCAGAGGGCGAAGUCCUCGCCGAUUCCUAAGGAAUCGUAUCCGGAUGAGGCGAAUGCUGCUGCUAAUGCCCUAAGUGCUGCGACACGAGCUCAUAGGCCAAUUCGGUCACCGACUAUAAGCGAAACCAGCGAGAAUGCCGGCUCUGUCCCUUAUACUAAUAUGAACAGGCAGAUGUUCACAUCGCGACCGCCGGUUAAAUCUGAAGUCGACGAUCAGAAGAGAGCUGAUAUUCUUCAUGCUUCUGCUGUCGCAAUGGCCAAGAAGAUGUAUACUCAGCAGCAAAAAAUGAUUGAUGCCAAAAAGGCACAUGAUAAUGCUAACCCUCCUCAAGAGAAUACCGAUGCUUUUAGCAGCGUUAGCGAUGAUGCACAACCUAUGCAGCUUACUACCCUGCAAGAUGCGGCUUACAAGCAAGCCCAAGCACGUCUAGCUAAGAUGCACGAAGAGCAUUUUAAGGGUCGUGAAUAUCAGGAGUAUUACGGAGCUAAGCCGCUCACGCGACGGUUUUCAAUCAGGGGUAAGCUCAGGAAAAGGGCCUCGAGCGACGGCGAUGUUAUUGAAGACCGUAGGCGAUCACAGCAGAUUAGGCAGCAGAUGUCUUUAUUCUCCAGCAAAAUUUCUCAAGUCGACGACAAAAAACGGCAGCAUGAUCAAGAAGUAUUACUCGCUGCAGCUCAGAGGAACGUGCACGAACGUUUGAAAGGGAUGGACGAGAAGAUAUCCGCCGAGACGGGAAUGAUCCACCCAUCUACUCCAACACAAUGGGAAAUGAAAGCACACGCUAUAGCCCAGGCUCAGGCCGAGCAGCGCAUAGGUCAGAGGCACGGACAGGUCAAUAUUGGUGCCGGAAAGUAUAUGAGCCAAGAUGAAAUCGACGCAAUCGCCACAGCGAGGGUCAAGCCCGUUUUAGAUGAGAUCAAUGAAAGGGUUGAGGAAGAGCAGGCAAGGCAAAUAGAGUUACGUCUCGAGAUGGAGAAGAAGAAAGAAGAGGAAGAGAUUGAAAAAGCUCGACAAAAGGAAAUCCAGGAUAUCAAUAAACGACUUAAGGAACAAGAUAAGCAAGAGCAGAAAGAGAGGAGGGCAGAGGAGAAACACGAAGCCAAGGUGAGGAAAGAAGAAGAAAAAGCAGCCAAAGCAGAACAGAAACGGCUAGCGAGGACCGAGAAACGUAGGUCAACUGAGCGGUCCGGGGAAAGUCAAGAUGAGCCGGACCCCGCAAGUGGAACAGUAGUUAUGAAUACUGCGGGCCAACCCGUCAGCAUGCCUCCGCUAGAACCGGAAUUCGCCGCCACCGAAAACGUCGAAGAUGGAGUAGUGGAUCGAGAGUCAGUGUCACCGGGCGAAGGGUCGUCGAAAGGCGGCGUUAAGACAUGGUUCAAAAACCGCUUUUCUCGGGGCGCGAAGCAGCAACCGGAAGACAAAGGCAAAUCGGUCGAGAGGGGUUUCGUCGGCGGGGCGGCACUGACGGGUGUUAAUAGCUCUACGAGCGUAGAUAAUCGUAGCGUUAGCGUGCGUGCUGUCGCGAUGGCGGGGCGCGGGCGGACUACUAGUCUGGAGGAUGAGGCUGCGGGCCCGGCGAUGCCGAUGAGCAGUUCGAGCGAUGACGAGAACGAGUAUUUCCGCGACGAGGCGCGAGCUGAGCCCAAGGCGCCGCUAACGCCGCCUAGGCCGCUCCGCUCGUCGGUUGCGAGUCAUAGUCCCAGUCGGGACUCGAAGUUUGUGGAGAUGGUGUGA